UAAUACAUACUUUCAUCAUAUUGUACCACAGUAGCCAGAACUAUAACUAUAAUAUUAUUACUUUCAAUAAUGUUGUUGUAAGCUACUGUCAUGAUGUCGUUAUUUGAAAGCAUGCCAUUAUGACAUGGAACUAUUUGAAUAUACUGUCUCAGUCUCUGUGCUAAGCUAAGCAGGUGGGGGACAAACAGCUGAUGGAGAACUUCUCCAGCACUCCCAGUCUAAGCUGGUGUCCAGCUGCUGGUCUAAACUGGGAGCCCCUCCUCUCUCUGUGGCCCCUCCUAUCUCCUGCCCCCUCCGUCUCUCCACACAGACAAGAAGCAGCCGGACGGAUCAGAGGAUGUUGUCAUCACCACCUUCUACCUCCCUCCCCAUCUCUGCCCACCCUCGACCCCCUCGGACAGUGACCUCUGACCCCCGCCACGUCACCAUGGAAACCUACUGGAGAGAAGUGCGGAGCAUUGAGGAGGAGAAAGAGGGAGAGGAAGAGGAGGAUGAGGAGGAGAGGAAGAGUAUGGAUGAGGUGGAGCUGGAGGAGGCGUGGCUGAAGGAGGCAGGGUUAUCCUCACUGGUGACCGACUUGUUGUCAGAAGAGGCGCCGCCACCGGCCGAGGCGCUGCUGUCCACACUGACACGGCAACAAGCCGCCACGGUGAGAAAGAGGCUGGACAACUACAAUGAGACACUGAAGACCAGAAACAGGCAGCCAAUCAGAGACGUGCGGGACAUCUUCACUGAGCCUGAUGAAGACUCAGUAGAACGAUGCCCCUCCCCGCCCUCUCACCGCGCCGAGUCACCACCAAGUCGAUACCACACCACCACCAAAACCAUCCACCGAAACACUCAUAAAGUUCGACCAGCUCUUCCUGCCUUUGUCUUUGAGGAUCACCUCCCCGAACACCCGUCAUCCCCCCAAAACACACACUCUCCCACAGACACACACUCACAGACACACACACACUCUCCACCUGUCAAUUGGUCGAGACAAGCUGAUUGGCUGCUCCGGGACUGUCCAUACUCAGAGGGCGUGGCUGAGCAUAAACGGGGUGGGACUUGUUGGGACUGCCUUCGUUUCCAUGGAGACGACAGUGACCUGCCGUUUGUACCUGUCUCUCCCUCUCAGGGUCUUACCUCAGCAGACGACCUGUCAUCAUGUGACCUCACCCGCCUUGGCUUCAUCUCUCACAUCGAGCUCUCCACCUUCCUGCUCGCUCUGGGAGUCCAAACCAAACGCACCCGCCCACCACGUCGCAGGACCCAGGACUGCGGUGUGUUCGCUGUUCCUCUGAGGUUGUUGUUGGAAAACGACAGAAAGAAGUUUCCUGGAGUCAAAGUUCCUGUCGUCUUCCAGAAGUUGUUGUGUAUUUUAGAGCAGACUGGCCUGCAGACUGAAGGGAUUCUCAGAGUGCCAGCAUCAGCCGCCAGACUCAAGUACCUGCGUAGAGAGUUAGACAGGUGUUGUGGAGGGUUCGACUGGUCUGCAGUGAGACAGGUGGACGCCGCAGGUCUGCUGAAGCUUUUCAUCAGAGAGCUGCCAACACCUCUGCUGACACACACACACCUGUCCACCUACCGCUCUGUGCUGGGUGUGUCCUCUGAGGUCCACCAGGUCCAGGCUCUGCAGCUGCUGUCCUUGUUGCUUCCAGAAGAGAACAGAGACACACUCAAAGCUCUGCUGGUCUUCCUGCGUAAGGUAGUCUCUCACCAGGACCAGAACAGGAUGUCUCUGUGGAACGUCUCCAUGGUGAUGGCACCCAACCUGUUCAACCGCCCUCACCGUGGCAACAAACGCUCCAUCGCCAGGCAAAAGGAGGAGAUGGAGGAGGCGGUGGGUGGAGCUCACCUGGUCCGACUGAUGAUCACACACCAGGACCUGCUGUGGACUGUCCCCAGCUUCCUGCUGUCUCAGGUGAGACAGAUGAACCAGGCAUCCAAUCAGAAACGGUUCGGCCUGACCAGGGCAAAAAGACGGCUGCUGAGGAGGAAGAACGACAAGACUGAGAGGAACCAGAUCACGGAACUGUGUGACGGUGUUGUCAGGGUUCAUGCCCCCCUGCAUGCCAAGGUCUCCAUGGCCGUACAGCUGGACGGAAAGAUGACAGCCAGAGACGUCAUCACCCGCUUUGAGUGUGACAACAGCAGCAGCUGUCUUCAGCAUCUGUACGAAGUCGGAGGAAACAUCUGUGAGCGGCGUCUCCAUCCAGACUGCGUGCUGUUGGAUGUUUACAAAGUGAAUCCUCACUGUGAUUGGCUGAUCAAACCCUGACACACACUCUGUCUGACCACCAAUCCGACAGCGUGUUUAAAGACUCUCAUCCUGUCUCACUUCCUGUCCCAACGCUCCAACAACCUGUAAGAACUGGUCUGUCAACCUGACCUUCUUCACGUCUUGCUGUGUGUCUCGCCUGUGUGACGUCUCACCACCUGCUCGGCCGUCUUUUCAGAGACAGUGACCUCCGCCUGUUGUCAUGGUGACAUCAGGAGCAGCUGUUAAACUGGAGAAACACAAACUGUUUGUAUUUCCUGUAUUUUCUAUGUCUGGUUUUAUUGUUACACACAGCCGCUGAUAUUAAAACCAUGAGGAGCAGCUGCUGGUGUCGUGUCUCCUCCUGCUGGUCACUGUUGGUACCUGCAGGUUCACUCAUUAUGAACUCGUCCUGACGCAGCUGGAAACACCUGAAACCACACGUUGAUUUGAAUACACACACUGGGUGGAGAUUUAA